AUGUCGACCUGGGCGGCGCGGUUGGCGAUGAGCAGUACGCCCCCGCGCUCUGGCGCCCCAGGCGGGGAGGCGAAGACGCCCGUCUCGGGUAACAGCCACACCCCUAGCGAGGCCUCCGCGAGUUCCUUUUUUAGCUGUUACGCCCCAGCCUCAACCGAAGACACGCCCUGGCUUUCCAAAAGGGAGCCCUUUCGGAAUGAAUUACGACAGAUGGCGGUGCAACACAACCGCGAUCUCGGCAAGAUUCCCAUGCUCCGCCUACCCAUGGACGCGUGGGAAACCAUUUCGUUUUUUCUUUCCUUCACGGAGCUACUUCAGCUCGCGGGCACUUGUCACGCGUUGUGGGAUGCAAUCCUCCACCGCGAUAGCAUCUGGGAGCAGCAGCUGGGGUUCUGGCAUCGGGAUAUCAUGGACCUCCGAGGGGGGGCCCUGCUUCUCACCGUCUUCGUCUUUGGGCCGAAAUGCACGGGGUACGAGCGCUUUAAGCGGCAGCGCCGGCUUUACGCCCUCGACGCCCAUCGGGAGUGGCAUUUCCGCGAGCUGGAGAGCCUCGAGGAUCGCGCCACCGGGUUCUUCACCGUGCCGUUGCAUCUGGGGAAGGAAAACACGGAAAGCGAUGCGGCCGCGCCUAUCGCGUUGGAACUUUCCCAGACGACUUUGGGCAGCACGCCCCGCAUCCCUGGCAGCCCCCCACGAGUGCGAAUGCCCGCCGUUGGACAACCGUUUGUGGGUGCGGAGGAUUCCUCGCAGAGGCUGCGGAUCUGGCGCCCGAUACGCCGCGGGGAGGAUCCUACAUCGGAUGGGUUUGGCAACGCAUUGAUGCCGCUCAAUGAGAGGGAAUCCGGAAGGGAAAAGGCGGGGGGGGGAUGGAGCCGUCACGCGCUCGAUGCCCCAACCUCACUGGAGGAAGAGGAAGCCAUGCUGAGUUACGCCUUGGCGUGCUCGGAGGCUGAGAUGAGCGGGCUUUCACCCCCUCCACCGCCUUUUAUCUGGACCUCUUCGAAAAACAAAAGCAAUCGAUGCGACGCCUCCAAAGAGAGCCUUCGACGUUCCUAUAGUGGACUCGCGCACGACCUUUCGCUGGGGAACUCCUUCGCAGGCGGUGGAGGAGGAAGAGGGGGGGAGAUCCAUUAUUUGAAACCGAGUGAAAUCAUGACCUUAAUUGAUCUCAUCAAUAGUGGCACCCCCGUGCAAUCCCUCAUCCCGCUCAUCGAGGUAACCACGCGGGAGGAUGAGCUCGUGUUGCUCGCCCUCACGGAAACCCUCAAAGGGGCACAGCGGCGACGGCUUCACCUCGGCAACCACCACCGCGCCCUCGCGAAUAACGGCCAGACGACGCGGCGGCGGCUCGGCCCCACUUCCUUACGAAGGCCUCGCCCUCCUGCCGCGGCGUCUUCGUCCUUUUCCCCUUCCCCGAUCUCGACCUCGCCUUUGGCACCUUUCCCUCCUGUUUCUUCUCCAUCGUGGGAGGAUUCGACAAGCCCCUCCCCGGUGCUCCCACCACCCCCAGUUAACUCCAUGCUACGGGGGUUCACCGGCGUCCUUUUGGAAGUCUACCGGCGGGAGAUGUAUCGCUUCUGUGAGGAAUUCCUCGGCAGCUCCCAGAGGCUGGAUGACUUCAUCCUCUUUGAUGCCGCGAACAGCUCAUGGUGGAGAGGAGGAGGAGGAGAAGGGGCGGCGUCUCUGGGGUUUGCCACGGGAACGCGUUUUUUCCUCGCACCAGAGCUCUGUCGAGGUGGGCGGGUGGGGUUGGUUGUGGUAGAUGCCGUUCGGAUGUUGAUUGUGGUGGAGGAUGAGAAGAUGGCGCGGGAUGAUCCCGCGUGGAUGCAAGGCUACGCCCGCGUGGAUCGCGGCGGGCGGUUGGUGAUGCCGGGCUCCGGGUAUAACGCGCAGUACUACGAGCGUAGUGAACUGCGUCCGCUGUAA